CACACAUAACCCCUUGUCGCAAAGGCAUUUGCCUCCGGAGUAAACACCGCACUGAGCUCCAUACACCUUCUGAAUUCCAUCCUCCUUCCCCUGGUUCCCCUGGCAGACGCCGUUGUUGUACGCAAUCGUGCACUCUGACACACACACACACGCGCGCGCACACACACACACACACACACAAACGAGCGCAUGAACGGAGUCCGCACAUAUCAUGAGUUAGUUCGUUACGUACGCUAGCCGGUGCGCCCCUUGGCGAUCGAUCGCAUCAGUCGGUGGGCGCUGUUGAUGCUGUCGAGGGCGGUCUGGGCCAUCUUGUUGGCCGCCACCAUCAUGGUUUUGGCCUGCUGCACCUGCUGCUGCGCAAACGACAACGCACCUGCACAGACACAACACACACACACACACACGCCAUGGGCACAGAUCCAUCCAUAGAUGCAUUCCAUCCCUUACCUGUGUUGCUAUGGGUGCCCAGGUGGGAGAUCUCGCCAGUACGGCCGACAAACGACGCACCUGCACACAGCGGACGGGUAGGUCAGCCACAUGUGAGCCAGGAGUGAUGUGUGUGCAAUAGAUCUCGCCCUGGGAUCUCGCUCGGGCAGGUGCAUUCGCCCACCAUAAAGGUCGGUAUUGCAGUCGUUGCCAACGCAGUUGCCCUUGCCAGAAUCCACCGCCACAGCCGACACGGUCGCCAACGCAAUGAGGACCGCAUACUUGCUCGCCAUGACCGUCAUCGCUGCCAACAAACGACUGCGUAUCGCUAUCUCGGAUGCGCAAACUGGGCAGACAACUAAGGAUCUCUGAGUGGACGCAGAGAAAGCGAGAGAUUUGGGAGGGAACUCGGUGUUUUU